CAACGGCCCAUCAAUAGUGGCAUGGCGGUGUACUACUCGAUCGCAGUCGCCCGCGCGGGCGAGAUCGUGAGCCGCAGCCUGGUCAAGGCCGAGACGGACACGACGCUUCGGUCUCUCUUUGGCAUGUACGAGGGCGGGAAGCACGCGAUCGGCUUCAUGGACCCGGCGGUCAAGGCGGGGACGCGCACGGCGGUCUUUGAGCAGCACGACGCGACGAUGGACCUUGUGGACCUCGACAUGCCGAUUCGCCUCGUUCGGGAGAUCUGCGGCGACGUGACCAAGUUCCUCUUCCAGGCGGCGCCUGCCAUCGUCCCUGCCCCAGCGCUAUUGCCGCCGCCAUCCGCGCCUGUCGUUGCCGCCACACCGCAGCCAGUUCCUACUGCGCCCAAGCCCAAGCCCGUCGCGGCUACGCGAGGCCGCAAGCCGCGCAAAGCCGUGGUCGUCGACUCGUUUCUGCGCGCGAGCGAUUUGAAUCGGAUUGGUGACGUGACUGCCAAGGCGCCGACCAAGCAGCCAGCGUCGCGAUACCGUGCGCCAGCUCCACGCAUCGCCGAGGGGCGCACAGCAUGCACGACCGCCGUCCUUCCAGAUGCGUCGACCUCGGCGUUGGCACGUGCGACCGUCGUCCACCAGAAGCAUGCGAUGACGCCCCUCAACAAGAACGCGCUGGGUCGUAUUCUCGAAGCCGUCAAGGCCAACAAACCAUCGAGUCGUGCUGUGUCACCGCCCAAAGCCCCGCGCACGCGUCCCCACUACUUCAACGUCGCCCCUCCUUACGACGAGGACGACGACAAUGACGACAAUGACAGUGACGCUAGUGUCGCCGACGACGACGACGACGACGAUGCGAUUGAAGUCGUCCAGGCUCCGGUUACCAAGCGCGCGUCCCGUCGUCUUGCGCCGUCAAGCCUCGCGUCCGCCGAGCCGCCUCGGCGCGAGCUCCGCAUUCCGCAAGUGGUCAUGACGUCCAUGCCCCGGUCCCGCACGCAGCGGCUGCCCGCGCGCCGCGCUGCGCUGCGCAAAUCAACCUCAGCACUGACCGAGAUGGUCUUGUCGGCAGACGGCGCCGUCGUCACGGGUAAUGUUCUGGGGCGGUCGUCGGACGUCGACGCGUCACCUCGCCGGCCGCCGCCACGACGGCCCACGCGGCGGACGAGCGCGUCGCAAAGCCCCGAGAAGGUGCUGCCGCUGCGCACGUCGACCCGCAACAAGUCGAUCGUUGAGAUCUCGAGCGACGACGAAGCGUGUUCUGUCCCGUCACCGUCCUCGACUACGCGUCUGAGUCUGAGCACAGGAACCCCGACCAAGCGCCCCGACACAGAUAUGACCACUGCAUCGCCCGCGUCACACAGGGAAGCGGCAACGCCGACGAAGCAGCCCAGUCCGCUUCAACCACAGACGCCGCCGCCAGUCGACGUUGCAGAAGCCAAUGCGACGCCAACCCUGCCGGAUGUCCCUGAUGUCACCACGGCUAAAGCUGGUCCCACGGGCACGCCAGAGAUGGCGCGGAAGAAGCGGCUCUUGUCGCUGGACGACACGGUCGAAGAGCAUGUACACGAUGUGUCGCCGCCUGCCAAGCGCCGGCUCUCUUCCUUUGGUGACGUUCCGUCGUCACCUGCCACGCGCCACGUCUCGUCGUCGAAUGACGCCGAGUCGUCAUCCAAUACGGCGGACGAAAAUACAAUGACCGAGCCGCGGUCCGUGAUUGAAGACGAGCUGGCGACGCUGCUGCACGAAGCGUCGGCCGUCGAGCUCGUGCAGCUCCGCGAAGCCAACCCGAACGACCAGGCCAACUUUCUCGGCGAAGAGCUCAACGAAGUCAAGCGCCACGUGCAGCUGCAAAAGACUUCAGCGGGUCUCUAUCAAGUUGCGUUCACGAAGGCAAGUCACGCCGACAUUGCGCCGCACGAGAACCCAAACGUGGUGUUGACCAACCUCUUUAUGAGCCACGACGACGACUGGUCCCGCGUCGCGACCCUCGUGAGUCUCGGGCGCGUCCUGCGCGCCGCCCCGUAGGAACUUGUUGUAUUAUCCAAAGGGAUCGGUAUCGAUUAUCUAAUACUUGCUUUGAAUUGUUGUUGCUA